AUGUGUUUGAAUGGUGGUACAUGUAUCCCUGCCGAUGAAUAUGCAUUGCCACAUAAAAAUUUUUAUUGUAUUUGUCCAAUUGGUUAUAUUGGUGAACGAUGUGAAAUUGCCGAAAAGAAAAUUCAUAUUUUAUUUGAAAAGAAUAUUAUUAUAUCUCAAGUAAUAUUUAUUCAUUUCUUAGAAAUUAUUAAAGAGAUGAACCCAAGAAGAUCAACUAUUUUAAAAACAGUGCCUAUUCAACAAGAUUUCUUAACAAUUUAUUGGCAUUUGCCAUUUCAUCUGAUUUUUAUUGAAUUUAAAAAUAAAAAUUAUUAUCUAGCUGCUAUUGAACGAACAUACAAACAAUCGGCGACAUAUUUCACAACGGUAAAAUCAUCUGAUCAUUGUCCAAAUAUUAAUCAAUUAUUUAAUAAAACAUUUGUUCAAAUGCAUAUUAUUCGUCGUAUUAAAUAUUAUCAUCUACCAUGUCAACAACAUUCAUUAAAUCUUUCUUGCUUUUAUGAUGAUUUUUAUCUUUGUUUCUGUUAUAAUUUUAAAAAACAACGUCUAGCAAACUGUUUUGAAUUUAAUCAUAAUAUGACAUUUGAUUGUUUUAGCGAAAGUGUUUGUGAAAAUGGAGGACAACGUUUUCAAGACAGUCCUAUUUGUCCACAACGAUCAAGUUGCAUUUGUCAACCAUGUUUUUAUGGAAUAAGAUGUCAAUUUAGUUCAGAUAAAUUUGGUUUCUCACUUGAUGGAAUUUUAGGUUAUUAUAUUCAACCAAAUAUUAAUGUUGUACAUCAAUCAUCUAUGGUCAAAAUUAGUUUGACAUUAACUAUUGUUUUUAUAACAAUUGGUUAUAUUAAUGGAAUAUUAUCUUUCAUUACAUUCAAUAAUAAAAAAAUAUGUGAAGUUGGUUGUGGUCUUUAUUUAUUGACUUCAUCAAUAACAACUUUACUCACAACUACAAUGUUCGGACUAAAAUUUUCAAUCCUUCUUCUUGGACAAAUGAAAAUUAUUACAAAUCGUUUAUUUUUGUA